UAUAAAUUUCUGAUUUAUGUUCUCUAGAGGUGGAAAAUACUCGGAAGAAGAUGCAAAGGCUGUCAUGGUACAGAUUUUGAGUGUGGUUGCCUACUGUCAUCUCCAAGGUGUAGUUCACCGUGACCUCAAGCCUGAGCCGGGAAUGGUAACAACUGAUCUUCUGUUGUCUGGAGCUUCUACAAAGCAGGUAGAAUGUGUAUUGCAUAUUUCCUUGAUUUCUUUUGUGAAGCUUUUGGAUCAAUCAAGUGAAAGCGUUUUAUUUAUUUCAGGCCAAGUUUUUCAUUAAUGUUUUGGCACAACCGGCAGAAGUGGUAAGAGUUUAUUGAUGUGGUGAUCUACCUAAGGGAGUGAUGUACAAACAGUGUUUUUAAUUCCUUGUUUUUGAGUUUUAGGUGCUUGCUUUGUUUCAAUAGUCAUCUGAAUUCAUGAUUAUGGAUUGUGAUGUUCGAUGAAAUAAAUCAUAUGGUUAGGUUUUCCAAAUAGGCAAAUGCACAUACAAGACUUAGAG